GCUUGAGAAGAUCCAGCGUCGCUUGGACUCCUUCCUAAUGCCCAACUUGGAGAUCGCGACUAAGUUCAUUCUGACGCCUGACAUCCACGAUGUCAUUCUGAUUCAGGGCGUCGCUAUUGACAGCGAGACGCAGGAGUACCUGAUUGGUCCCAUGUACGUGCCUCGCAGCACUCGCAGGCUCAGCUUCCCGGGCAUCUUUCACGACCGGGUGAGACCUGUGGUGAUAGUGAUGGCAGACAAGCGCUACCGUUUGCCGCAAGAGAUAGACUGGCUGCAGCGCAACGAGGGUGCGGAAAACAACUACGAGGAAUACAUGAAGCAAGAAUUUGGAGAAGAGCAGAUGUACAUCCAGGAGGACUUUUGACCUGGUCCUUGUACACUCCUGUACGCACACGACUUCGGGCGGAGUUCGUGUAAAUAAUGUAGACAGAAAAUUAAGCGUGAUAAUUUGCUAAGGAAACUUUUGUUUACUCCCGAGCAGCAGUUUCUUCUUGCGUUUUGUCUAAUCCAGUGAAGAUGUCUGUGACCUUUGCCUUGGAACUUUAUUUUCUUUCCGCAUUUUUCUAACGGCCUUCGCGCUUCUUAUAUGAUAUGUCAUUGAAUUGUACUCUGGCUCAAAUAGCAAGGAAACAUCAAGCUGCGUUUUAAAGAUGAAUGCCAAUUGAAGAACCAAGCAGUAGAAAUGGUUCAGUGGUACCAAA